AUGUGUGUAUGUCGGGUGCUGUGCAUCGCCAUGCCGAUGUUGUGUCGGGUAGUGCUGUGCAUCGCCUUCGCGUCGCUCGCAUCCGCGCGCAACUUCGACCCGCAUCCGCGGCGCCCGUUUGAGCCGCUCGCGCGACAGUCGGCGCUCCGCCUGCUGCGCCAGCUCACCACCGAAGGCUGCAAGGACCUCGUGUCAGUCGACAUCGGAGGCACCUUGGCCAAGAUCGUGGUAUUCCAGCCGCGCGAUGAGGCGCAGGGCGCGUCGGAGCCGCUCAUCGCCGAGGCAGCGCGAGCUCUGCGUGGUUGUGCGACGAGUGCGCAGCGCGAGCUGUCCAUCUACGUGCCCGCGCUCGGGGGCGACCUCUACUUCUUCACGUUUGAGGCGGGGCGAGAUACCGCCGAGAUGCCGCGAUGUGUGGCGGAGAUGUGCGAUAAGAGGUGCUCCGCCGAGGGGCGCGGCCCCUCCCCGAUAGUCAUGCGCGCGACGGGCGGCGGCGCGUACAAGCACGCCGAGGCGCUCGGCCGCGCAGGCGGGACCCCGCACGAGAGGACUGGCUCGCGCGAGACGGAGCUGACCGACACACUCUGUCGCAAACUCUCCGAUGGCGACCUCCGAGGCGUACCAGAUGACGGCUCGCCUCCUCGCGCCCUCCGACACACGACCGGACGGAGCGGCCUGAAGAGUGAGAUGCGGUGGACGAAGGCGCGCCACUUUGUCACCCUCGACACGCCGCCGAGCGACUACCUGUAUGUCUCCAUCGGCUCGGGCGUCUCCAUCCUCGAGGUGCGGCAGGAGGGCGGAGGAGGCGGAGGAGGAGGCGGCGGAGGAGACGGCGGAGGAGGUAGCAGCACCUACCGCCGCAUGGGCGGCUCAUCGCUCGGCGGCUCCACCUUUUGGGGCCUGGUGCGGCUGCUGACCUCGUGCGCCACUUUCGACGAGGUGAUUCGCCUCACGCAGAGCGGCGCGUCGGCCAACAUCGACAUGCUCGUCGGCGACAUCUACGGAGGCGACUGCCCGUCGCUCGGCCUCCGCGGGGACGUCAUCGCCGCCUCCUUCGGCAAGGCGGCGGAGACACGCAGAGAGACGCAGAGAGACGGAGCGAGAGAGAGGGAGCGAGAAGCGCAGCGAGAAGUGCAGCGGUGCGGCCGCACUUUCGGACUGCGACCGCCGCCCCGGCAGGUGACGAUGCGGCGCGAGGUGAAGCGGUCGCGCGGGCUGAUGUUCCUCGUGCGCUACCUGCGCGCGCUGCUGCGGCACUACGAGGAGGGCUUCUGGCUGGUGGUGCUAGCUGUCGUCAACUCGGUGCCUCUGCUCCGGCUGGCGGCGCAGCGGGUGGGCCUCGUCCGGCUGGCGGAGUCGCGCGCCGCGUCGAUGGCGAUGUGCGGCUCCUUCCGAGCGCACGACGUCGCGCUCUCGCUGCUGCGGAUGGUGUCCAACAACAUCGGCCACGUGUCCACCCUCUCGGCGCAGCAGGCGGGGCUGCGACACAUCGUCUUCGGAGGCGCCCUCGAGCCUCGCAAGCCCCUCCUCCGGCUCCGCCGCCGCUCACGCUCCUUCAUCCGCGACCACCCCUUCACCAUCGCGACCAUCUCCUCCGCCGUCCGCUUCUACUCUGGCGGCCGCGUGCAGCCCCUCUUUCUGAAGCACGACGGCUUCGUCGGCGCCAUCGGCGCGCAGCUGCGAGGCUCUGCGCUCGCCGGCUCGCACACGCGAGUGCAGCCGACCCAGCCGACCCAGCCGACAGGGAGCGAGCCGGCUGCCGCGGUCGCUGCGGACGAGACGCCGAUCGCCUUGCCUGCGACGGUGGGGGUGCCGGAGGCGCCACCGGCGAUGUCGGGAGCCGCGGCGCCUCCCGCGCCGCGAGUCGCUGCGCCGCCGCUCGCGCGCAGUGCGGCCGCCGCCGGAAGGACUGAGGCGUGAGGGGGGUAGCCACUCUACACUUGUGACGUGCAAGAAUCGAGAGUUCGAGAGAGUUGUGCUUAUUGAGAGAGAGACGAACUCUCCUC